AUGGGCAAGGUCAAAUACAUCAUGCUCGACUGCGACAACACGCUCGUCCAGUCAGAGCACCUCGCCUUCGAGGCCUGCGCCGACCUCACCAACCAGGUGAUGAAGAAGUACGACGUUAAGGGAGCACCUCACUACACCGGCUCCAAGCUCCUUGAGGACUAUGUCGGCCACAACUUCCGCAGCAUGCUCAAGGGUCUACAGGCGGAGCACGGCUUCACCAUGACCGACGAGGACCUCGAGGACUUUGUCUCUCGUGAACUCGGCGCCGUCACCAAGAAGCUCAGCGAGAAGGCCGUCGAGUGCCCGGGUGUCACCAAGGAGCUGCAGAAGCUCAAGGACCAGGGUUACCCUAUGUCCGUCGUCAGCACCUCCGCCAAGAGCCGUGUCGUUGCUUCGAUCGAGAAGGCCAACAUCGCCCAUUUCUUCCCGCCAGAGCACGUCUACUCCGCCGCCACAUCCCUGAACCCUCCCAGCUCGAAGCCCGACCCUGCCAUCUACCACUACGCUGCCAAGCAGCUCGGUGUCAAGGAGUCUGACGCUGUCACCGUCGAGGACAGCAAGAGCGGUGCCACUGCUGCCAUGCGCGCCGGUAUCCCUUGCAUUGGCUACGUCGGUAUCUACGGUAUCGAAGAGGGCAAGGAGAAGAUGGAGCAGAUGGCCAAGCUGCUCACCGAGGAGACCAAGUGCGUCGCCAUCAUGUACGACUGGAGCGAGUUCCAGGACUGCCUCAAGAAGGUUGAAGCGAAGUUGUAG